AUGACAAUCACCUUACUCCCGCAUCAGCUCGAAGGCGUAGCAUGGCUGAAGAGCAGGGAGGAGAGCACGAACGCGGGGGGUAUCCUCGCCGAUGACAUGGGACUGGGGAAGACGAUCCAAACGAUCAGCCUGAUACUGGCAAAUCGGUCGAAGGAUGCGAAGUGCAAAUCCACGCUGGUUGUUGCACCCUUGGCGUUGAUUAAGCAGUGGGAGCUUGAGGUUCAGACGAGGACCAAGAAAGGGUCGUUGAGCGUUCUCGUGUAUCAUGGGCCGAGCAGACCUAAAGAUAUCGCAAAGCUUCGGGCGACCGAUGUUGUCAUUACCACUUAUCAAGUGGUGGCAUCCGAGUACCCUGACGGGCUUCUGUAUAAGAACAAAUGGUUCCGUGUUGUACUGGACGAGGCGCAAACGAUCAAGAACAAAAAGACGAAGAGUGCGAUUGGAUGCUGCGCGCUGGAGGCCGACCGCAGAUUUUGUCUCUCAGGAACGCCAUUGCAAAACAAUAUCGACGAAUUCUAUAGUUUCCUAAAGUUCCUGCGCUUUAGACCCUUCCAUGAUUAUGCAAUGUUCAAGAGGCAGAUCUCAGAACCCAUGUCACGAGGCCGCUCUGUCCUCGCGUACAAUCGGUUACGCGCGAUCUUUCAAGUCAUCAUGCUCCGACGGACAAAGGCAUCCAAGAUUGACGGCAAACCGCUGUUGCAGCUUCCGGCUCGCAAUGUGAAUAUCGAAAAGGUGUCACUUGGCCCGGACGAGCUUGAGUUUUACACGACGCUGGAGACGAGAAUCAAGAGCACGUUAAAAGGGUUCCAACAGGAUGGAUACGGCAAGAACUUCACGAACAUUUUGGUUUUGCUUCUUCGUUUGCGUCAAGCAUGUGAUCAUCGCCAACUCGUCGGCCUGGGCGUGGACAAAGAGGGAGAAGUGCAACCUGACAAAGGCGCUGACCUCGACGACGACGUCGAUGAGAUGAUAAUCCAGGAUGCGCCAGCUGGCCAGAAGGAGUGUAAUACCUGUGCGAAGACAUUGGAACGGACGUGGGAUGGAAAGGUUAAAACAGAGGAGGCAGACGCGAAAUGGGUUUCAUCAGCGAAGGUCGACAAGGUAAAUGUCACCGCAUGUAUAGUCUCGACAUCGUCUGAUGCUAAACCUGCCCACAAGAUCAUCAUCUUCUCUCAGUUCACGAGCAUGUUGAACAUUGUGGAGAAACCGUUGAAGCGCAAGGGAUACAAGUUUUGCCGAUACGACGGAUCAAUGAAGAAUGCGCAUCGCGAGGAGGCGCUCGAGCGAUUGAGGAGCGACCCGGAGACCAAGAUAUUGCUCAUUUCUUUGAAGUGCGGCUCCUUAGGGUUGAAUCUUACGGCUGCUAACCGCGUUAUCAUGCUGGACAUGUGGUGGAAUCCCGCGCUGGAAGAUCAAGCCAUUGAUCGCGUGCAUAGGAUCGGGCAAACGAAGGAUGUAGAAGUCAUCCGCUUGGCAGUGGAGAACACGGUCGAGGAUCGUAUUCUAGCGCUCCAGGAACGAAAGCGAACGAUGAUCGAGUCGGCGCUAGGUAACACGAAGGGCAAGAAGAACCAGAAGCUCUCGGUCAACGAGCUGCUUCAGCUCUUCGGAUAG